GGUGGGGGUAUGAGAGGCCUUGCUAUGAAACUCUCUAACCUCAAAAAAACACUCAUCAAAUGGAAUAAGGAAACUUUUGGAAAUAUUUUUGAGGAAGUGUCUAAGGCACAAGAUAGGUCAGAAAAGGCAGAAGCCAUCCUUGAAAUGGAUGAAUCUGAAAAAAACCUCAUGGAGUUCAAGCUAGCUACAGCCCUUCUGCAGCAAGCUCUGAAAAAAGAGGAAUGCUUUUGGGCCCAAAAGGCUAACAUCAAAUGGAUCUCCCAAGGGGAUGCUUCUACUUCUUUUUUCCACUCCUAUGUAAGGGGAGGAAGGCACAGACUACAUAUCUCCUCUUUAAAGGAUGGGAGAGGAAACAUCCAUACCACUUUUGAUGAGAUAGCAAGGAUAACAGUGGAGCACUACACAGAGGUUUUCUCCUCAAUACAUGAAGGGGAUAUGGGAGAAAUCCUAAAUCUUAUUCCUUCUUGUGUAUCUGAUCAAGACAACACUUUGCUCAGUAGCAUCCCAGCUAAGGAAGAAAUUAAAAGAACCAUUUGGUCUUUAAAUGCCAAUAGCACAGCAGGAUCUGAUGGGUUUAAUGGCUUCUUUUUCAGGAACUCUUGGGACACUAUCAAAACUGAUGUGUGCAUGGAAGCUCAAGAAUUCUUCAUAGGUGUCCCUAUGCCUAAAGCCUUUGGCAGCACACUCUUAACCCUCAUCCCUAAAAAUGAAGCAGCCAUCACCCUGGACCAGUUCAGACCCAUCUCCCUAUCAACUUUUUUCAGUAAGAUUAUUUCCAGGAUUCUGAGUGACAGACUUAAAUUGAUCCUUCCCAAGAUUAUCUCCCAGGAACAGGGUGCUUUUCAGAUCGACUACAUGCGUGGCAGAUCGACUACAGAGGCCAUUCAUCUCGUGAGGAGGUUAUUGGAAGAGUAUAGGGCUAGGAAGAAGGACCUUCAUAUGGUGUUUAUUGACCUUGAGAAGGCGUAUGAUAGGGUGCCAAGGGAGGUCUUAUGGAGGUGCCUUGAGGCGAGAGGAGUUCCCAUCGUGUACACUCGCGCGAUCAAGGAUACGUACGAUGGGGCUAUGACCAAGGUAAGGACUUCUGGGGGCGUCUCAGAUUCCUUCUCGGUAGGGAUGGGGUUGCACCAAGGGUCUGCUCUUAGCCCUUUUUUGUUCGCCUUGGUGAUGGACGUCCUAACUCAAGGUGUUCAAGACGGGGUCCCAUGGUGCAUGCUUUUCGCGGAUGAUAUUGUGCUUAUCGACGACACACGUGAGGGACUAAACGAUAAGUUGGAAUUAUGGCGCCUUGCCCUUGAGACUAAAGGAUUCAGAAUAAGUAGGAACAAGACUGAAUACAUGGAAUGUCGUUUCAGUGGCCGGGAUACAGAAUCAGAGGUGGAAGUCAAGAUUGACUCUCACCUAGUACCUAAGGUAGACAGGUUUCGUUAUCUUGGCUCAAGAAUUCAGGCGGAUGGGGAGUUAGAUGCGGAUGUUGGACAUCGGGUUGGAGUGGCUUGGGCCAAAUGGCGGUUAGCUUCAGGGGUGUUGUGUGAUCCGAAGAUUUCGCCUAGAAUGAAAGGUAUGGCACCGGUGGAAGACAAGUUGCGGGAAGCGAGGUUGAGGUGGCUUGGCCAUGUGAGACGGCGGGACGCUGACGCCCCUGUACGGAGAUGCGAGAGGAUUACAGUUAUCGGGGGAAGUAGGGGAAGGGGUAGACCUAAGAAGAAUUGGGAGGAGGUGAUAAGACAGGAUUUAGGACUUCUCGACCUGACUGAGGAUAUGGCCCUAGAUAGGAACCUUUGGAGAACUAGGAUUAGAGUAGCUGGAUAGGAGCUCGGUGUUGUAGAGGUUGUUUUGUAGUGUGUUGUAUUUGUUGGGAAUCUUUUGCUAUUGUUUGUACUUGUUGCUUGUACUUGGUGCCUUAUCUGUGCUAUACUGUGUU